AUGUGGAACCCGUGGCGCGAAAACCUAAAGGAUACUCCCAAGGAGAGCCUUAACUGGCGUCUCUGGUAUGGAGUUUUUGUAUUCGGUCUGAUGGGAGCUGCCAGAGGUAUUGAUGAAGGUCUUAUCGGAACCACCUCUGAGCUGGAGCCUUUCAAGAUCAAGUUUGGACUCAAAGACAAGAACAAGUCCGAACACGAAGUCGCAGAACUAUUGUCAAACAUCACGUCCAUGGUCCAAAUGGGUUCCAUCCUGGGCGCUUUGCUUGCCUUUUUCGUCACCGACAAAGAUCGGUCGUAUUCUGGGCCACACGACAGCUCUGCCUCGUCUGGGUUAUCGGUAUCACCAUCUUCCCUUACCAGCUCUCUCACUGGAUCGAUUGGACAGAUCUACGCUGGUCGCUUCAUUGCUGGUAUUGGUAUUGGACAGACUACCGUCGUUGCUCCCACCUACCUGGCUGAGACCGCACCUAGAGCUAUUCGUGGCCUCUGUGUCUGUGCCUUUUCCGGAUCCGUGUAUCUUGGCAUCAUGCUUGCUUACUUCGCAUCCUGGGGUUCCUCCAUCCACAUUUCAGAGGCAACGGAUGCACAAUGGCUCGUUCCCAACAGCAUGCACAUCAUGUUCGCCGGUGUCAUCUUCGCACUCUCAUGGGGUGCAAAGGAGAGCCCACGUUGGUUGAUCAAAGUCGGUCGCCACGAGGAGGCCCUAAAGAACAUGGCCCAGCUUCGUAACCUUCCUGCCGACCACCCCUAUGUCCUCGCUGAGAUCAUGGAUAUCAACGACCAGCUCAACCGCGAGCGUGAGGCUACCAUGGGUACGACCUGGCUUGGACCUCUCCGCGAGUUGUUCUCAAGCAAGGCCAACCUCUACCGCAUCCAACUCUCGGUCAUGUCCCAAUUGCUCGCACAAUGGUCCGGCGCAAACAGCAUUACCAUCUAUGCUCCCAAGUACUUUGAAAUGAUGGGCACGACUGGUCAGAACGAGAAGCUCUUUGCCACUGCCAUUUUCGGUGUCGUAAAGUUCAUCAGUUCCAUACUCUGCGCCCUCUUCCUCAUCGAUUACCUCGGCCGUAAGCGCUCUCUGUUCUCUGGUAUUGGUCUACAAUUCACAUCCAUGCUUUACAUGGCCAUCUUCCUCCUCUGCGACACUACAGUCUCAGACAAGAGCAAGCCCCAAACCUCUGCUGAAAAACACGCCGCCAUGGGUGCCAUCGUCAUGGUCUACAUCUCUGGUUUCGGAUGGGCUCUAGGAUGGAACUCGAUCCAGUACCUCAUCAACUCUGAAAUCUACCCUCUCCGACUCCGUGCUCUGGGUGGUUCCAUCGCCAUGACAUUCCACUUUGUCAAUCAGUACGGAAACUCAAAAGCUGUGCCUCUCAUGUUCAUCUCCAUGACUCACGGAGGCACAAUGAUGUUCUUCUCUGCCGUCACUCUCAUCGGUCUUGUCUGGGUCUACUUCUUCCUUCCCGAGACAUCUGGAAAGUCGCUCGAAUCUCUCGAUGCAAUGUUCAGUCUGCCCUGGUACCUUAUCGGCCGCAAGGGUGCGGAGCUUACAAAGGGCACUGGCGGUGUCUCUGACAUGUUGGAUGCUGAUGGCGAGAAGGCGGUAGCUAUGCAACUUGAGGAAGCGCCGGAGUCGCAGCACCACAGGCAUGAGCAGAAGGUUUAA